AUGAAUUUCAAGAGCUGUUUAGUUAUUUUAUUGCUCGGUACAGCCGUUACCUUGCAAUGGGCUGAUGCCAGGGAAAUCAAGGGACAUCAAUACAAACUCUUUGCCAAAAAGCCACAACAAGUUGAGGGCCGCCAUGCUGAUUUCUUAAACAAAUUGGUUAUGUUGAAGGGAUCAACCACUACCACAACUGUCCAACCACCAGCCACCCUUCCUCCACCACCACCAACAACCGGCACUGGUACCGGAACAGGCACUGGUACUGGCACCGGCACUGGCACCGGUACUGGCACAGGAACAGCCCCACCACCACCCACAACAGCACCACCACCAACAUCACCACCAACAACAUCACCACCCGCAACAUCACCACCAGCAACAUCACCACCAGCAACAUCACCACCAGCCACAUCACCUCCAGCCACAUCCCCACCAGCCACAUCCCCACCAGCAACAUCCCCACCAGCAACAUCACCACCAGACACAUCCCCACCUGCUACAUCACCUCCCGCACCAGCACCUGCUCCCGCUCCAGCUCCAGCAGAACCCGCCCCAUCUCCAGCAGAACCCGGCCCUCCUCCAGCAGAACCCGGCCCUCCUCCAGCAGAACCCGACGCUCCUCCCGAAGGAUCCGGCCCUCCCGAAGGAUCCGGCCCUGCUUCCAGAGGCAGCAAUGACAACAUUGAUGAACAUGAUGAUGAUGAUCUCGAUGCUGAUGAUGAAGAAGAUGAAGUUGAAUUGCUUGCCCACCACGAUAACGAACUUGCCAAUGGAGCUGAUAACUCUGUCACCGAUGCCAAAGAAAUGGGCCGCGCUGCUCGUCCCAAUGCUAUUCUCUUGAGACGUCGCUUCAGAAUGCAACGCCGCAGGCGCAUCAACAAGCUUCGCAAGCAAAAACGCGUCGCUCUCCGCAGACAACGCAAACAACACCGUGCCACCCAAAAACGUCUCCGUCGCCUCACCCAAAAACUACGUCGCCGCUUGCGCAAUCAAAGGAUCAAGUUGCGAAGACGUGGUUCUAAGAAGACCAAGAAAAUCGUCAAGAGACAGAGACGCAUGCACAAACGUCGUUUGCGCCUCCAACGCAUGAACAAAAAGCGCACAUUGCGCCAGCAACGCAAGCAACAAAAACGCUUGAUCCGCCGCAUUCGCCGUCUCCAGAAACGUACCAGGACUAUGAAGAACAGCAACAAAAUCAAGAAGCUGAAACGUAGAUUGAAUCGUUUGAACAAGAAGCUCAGGAGGGCAAACAGACGUCGCAUUGUACGCAGACGCCCCAUUCGCAGGCGCCCAAUUCGCAGACGUCGUGUUGUACGCAGACGCCGUUUGCAACGCGCUUAA